UAAAUUCCAUAUCAUUUUCGAUUGUGUUAACGAAGAGAGUGGAUGUGCAAAUUGUGGAUUGUUGUAUUUCUAUGGCUUGUGCUUUGAGUUUACUUUUAAUAUUCGUGCGGGAUCUACUGUUAACAAAUUUUCCUUAAUAAUGAAAUAAUGAAUCAUUUAUUUUGCCAAUAAAAUACAAAACACACACGUUUGAAGUUUUCAUCACCAAAAGGUCUGAGGAUUAUUGGUAUGGGAAUUAAGUAUAAACUUUUAAAGAAGUAGUAUGUAUGUGACAAUUUAAUGCACACUGGCCAUCGACACAUUAAUGUUUGGUCGCUUUCGCCAAUGCUACAGCACUUGGCGUUAACGUUGACGUUGAAGAUGGCACCGCCGUCGACGUCGUUGAGUAAUAUACAAAUGUGUACGUUUGUUGCAGCGGGAGCGUUGCAAAAGUGGAUGUAGCAAAAUUUGGAAAUGAUAAAAGCUAUGAACACGCCUGUGUGUAUGUUUAUAUAUUUUAUUAUGCAUACUCAUAUGUGUACGAAUACAUCGUUUUAGUACAAAUAUAUAACAAUAAAAAAGUAAAACAAAAAAUACAUGCAUAUGUACAUAUGUAUGUAUAUAUUAUGGGUAUAGUUAACUUAACCAAAUCGAUACUAUUUCAUGGGUUAAAAUAAGUGAUUGUUAAGAAAGUUAUAUACAAAAUGUGAAUUGUGAAUUUUAGCAUCUUCAGAAUACUCCAAAACGUGCUCUUCAAAGUCAAAUCCGUGCAUUUAUCGAUCGAAAUCUAUCAUUGACCUAGUAUCGCUUUUGUUUGGCAUCGGACGUAAAGGAGUAAAGCUAUGUACAUAUGUAUAUAGCCAGUGAUUGUUCCAAAUGUCGCCGGUGCAUCCGAUAUUUCAAAUAAUACCCUGGUACAUAUGCAGCUCUAUACAUACUAUCUACAUUGGAAUAUAUAAUAUAAAAUACGAAGCGCCCAAUGAUCUUUUCAAUGGAAAAUGUUGUUUAUUCGGUCAAAACGCAUGGUCUCGAUGAACAGUUCGUAGAUAAUUAAAGAAUUCUCAGUGAGUUAAAAUAAUGCCAAAGAGGGAAAUACAAUAAAGAAAGUGAUUGUCGUUCCGAGGCUAAUGCGCAUGGAGGACAAAUGGCAGCGUUCUCAGGUUUUCUGUUCAAUUUAUCUGCAUCACACUGACUUCUUGCAUUACCGCCAAUAACAGUUGAUUACUAUUAAAAACAUUCAAAGAUGCCUGGACUUGUUGUUUUCCGACGCCGUUGGUCGGUGGGCUCAGACGAUCUCGUAGUACCUGGAGCUUUUUUGUUAACUACACAUCUUAUAUGCUUUGUAAUUGUGCUAAUAUCACUAUUGAUACUGGAGUAUGACCUUUCAAUUUUAAACGUGAAGCUACUAUUCUAUCUUCAGAUAUGCUAUUUGGCAAUAUUACUUGGUUCAGUUUGCGUUGAGGCAGGCAUCUGCAUUAUAUCUAUGCGAGGUAGUAUAUUGGACUCUGCCGCACGAACAACGAUAAAUUUUUGGAUAUAUUUAAAAAGCAUGGUGAUAUUUUUUGAUAUUACAUGGUUAGUGUUAAGUACAAUGUGGUUAACAAACUGUUACUUUGACACACCCAUCGAUGAGGCCAAGCAAUUUUUCAUGGCCAUAGUAAUAUGCAACUGGGCUUUGGUGUUCAUAACUCUCAUUACUAUUUGGUGUACAUUCGAUGCUGCAGGACGUUCUUGGGUCAAAAUGAAAAAGUAUCAAAGGUCAAUGAGAGAGACUGAAUCUCGCUUCAAUUACAAGCGUAGUGGUAGUAUGAAUCGCAAUUGGCGUCAAAGAAAAGUGAUGCGCGCUUAUCAAGACAGUUGGGACCAUCGAUGCCGAUUGUUAUUCUGCUGUAUGGGUGGAACUGAUCGUAAUCGAAACUCCUUUACGGAUAUAGCGCGAUUACUGAGUGAUUUUUUUCGGGAACUUGAUGUGGUGCCAUCAGAUGUUGUUGCAGGUUUGGUGCUAUUACGAAAAUUUCAAAAGAUAGAACGAGAAGCUGUUGUGCGGCAGAGAAAAAAUGGCACAUACGAAUUCUUGAGUGGCGUUCCUAUCACUGACCGCACUCAAUUUCUAGCUUUGAAUGAUGCAAAAAACUAUGAUUUUUUUCAAACAGUUAUACACUAUAUGUAUUUUGCUCAGGGUGCUUACGGCUGGCCAAUGUAUUUUAUAAUAAACCGUUCGAAAAUGUACAAUUUAUUGCCUGAAUUAAAAUGUUUUACAUGUUGUUGCCGUCCCCAAACUGAAACACCUUCUGUUAUAGAAGAUAACUGUUGUUUUUGUAAUUAUGCCGCCCUAAAGAAAACUCUUCAAGUUGGUGAUGUAGAAAUUAUUUACGCCACAUAUCACGUUGAUGUUGGUGAGACCCCGUUCUUUGUGGCUGUAGAUUACACUCAGAAGAAAAUUGUUGUCAGCAUACGUGGCACUUUAAGUAUGAAAGAUAUACUCACCGAUUUAAACGCUGAUGGGGAGGUAUUGCCGCUCUCCCCACCGCGCGAUGAUUGGCUUGGUCACAAAGGCAUGGUGCAGGCAGCUAUCUACAUUAAAAAUAAAUUAGAGGAAGAAGGAUUGAUCGAGCGUGCGCUAAGUCAUAAUCGUGAUAGGGAAACAAGUUCAUUUGGAUUAGUCUUAGUAGGCCAUUCUUUGGGUGCCGGAACUGCCGCUAUUUUAGCCAUACUAAUGAAGGCUGACUAUCCGUCAUUACAGUGUUUCAGCUACUCCCCACCAGGCGGUCUACUAAGUAUGCCAGCGGUAGAAUAUACCAAAUCGUUCAUCACAUCCAUUGUAUUGGGGAAAGAUGUCGUACCUCGCAUUGGAUUACACCAAAUGGAAGCUUUGCGUGCGGACUUAAUUAAUGCAAUCCAGAGAAGUGUUGAUCCUAAAUGGAAAACAAUAUCAUGUUCAGUCAUUUGCUGUGGAUGUGGACCUGAGCCAACAUCAGUUGUUGAGAUGUCUGGCAAAGACACUCAUAUUAAUCAAUAUCAAGAACAAAGAGACUCAGCACGUUCCACAAGUGCACAUCCUACCGAUAGUUCCAUUGCCUUGACAUUACAUCAGCCACUAUACCCUCCUGGGCGAAUAAUUCACAUAGUACGUCAUCAUCCUAAACCAGAAGAGCAAAAAUACGACAGCGGUUGGAGAAGUGUUCUAAAGAGUCAUGAACCGGUCUAUCAGGCGAUUUGGGCCGAUACAUACGAUUUCGACGAAGUGCUCAUUUCACCCGUUAUGUUGCAGGAUCACAUGCCCGAUAAAGUACUUUCGGCGCUAAAAAAGGUUGUGUCUGCAAGUGGACCAAGGAAGCCGCAACGUCAGACAUCUAAUGCAUUCUCCACAUUAUCCAACGACUAUAACCAUUAUGACUUUGAUGUUGAACGCAUAACACCUCUUAGCUCCAUCGAUCCAAUUAGCGUUUUAAAACCUGAGGGUAGACUAAACCGCCUUUCACAUAGCUCAUAUCCUAAUAUAAGUUCUAUUAAUGUAACACCAGCAACACACCGUAAAAUCUGCCACGAAACAUCUUUUGCCAAUUUGCAAGUUCCAUUUGACAUCACCACGUUUAGUGGAUUAAAUUCAAGUAAAACUUCAUCGAUUGCUGGUAGCAUUUUAGAACGAAGUCAGUUAAGCUCGGCUUUAUAUGAUAUAUCAGUUGAUGAGAGCAUAACAACAGUAACGCGCCGAAGUCCCUCCGUACCGAGCGAAACUGCUACGGUGAUUAUAAAUGAUUGUGAUCCAUUACCGAUUCAACGCUUAAAGACUGUAGCUUUCGAUAUUGAUGCGGAUUCUGUGGCCAUAGGAAAAUACAUGCCAAUAUCACACGUCUCCAAAGAUGCUUUAUAUCGUCAAUACUCGGUUCGUGCCGAGAAACGGAAGCGAAAUUUACCCUUAACAGCAUUACGAAGAGCUUCGGAUGUGUCACGACCAAUAGAUUCAUUGCACGAUGAUUCGCUAGGCUUGGCACCUUUAGCUAGUCCUGAAACGUUAUCUGAAAUUUCCAGUAUAUCAUCCCGCACGAGCGCUCCUAUUAGCUUAGCUAAUAGUAUAGAGCUUUAUUUUCAUAAUUUGAAUCUGGCCGCUGACAAUACGAAUGGACGAGCCGUGCUUGAGGGCAUAUUUGAAUCGCAAUUGCAUACACCAAAGAUAAUGAGACGAGCUCCGAAAUUCAGUGAGAAUCUUUCUAAUUGUGCCGAGGACAGUCGCAAUGUCGAUCAAUACAAACGUAUGGGCCGAGUGUUUGUAACAUUACCGCCAAUAUUUGAUGGCGUUCAUAGCAACAAUAACAAUCAAAAGUCAAGUUUUGACUCAAGCGAUGAUAGUUAUGAAUCAGUGCAAAGCCUCAGCCGAUUUCCUUCCAAACAUGACUCCAGCACAGAGCAUAACUCAAUUGGAUGUAAUGUGCUCCAACCAAAACAGAGCUCUAAAUCACUAGAUCCAUUAGAUAGUGUUGCAAUAGAACAAAAACCAACUGAGCGAAAUACAAAAAAGUUAACAUUUAGCGAUAGUGAAAUUUUGAAUGAAGCUGAGGUGACUGAAGUUAAAGAUAAUCACUCCCUGCUCUUUGAACACAAACGAUCCUUAAUGGGUGAUAUAGAUAAGCAUACAAACUGUGGAUCGGCUGAUACGACUUUUUAUAGUGCCAGUUCUUCUAUCGAACAAUUUUCAACACCUGGUAAAUUGAUGUAUUGUAGUAAUUCUAGCGGUAAUGGUAUCUCAGAGUGCCAAAGUGUCCCUGAAGAAAUAAUCAUCAUAAAGCCGGGUGUUCUAGAGUCACAUUUUCCAGUACUCGAAUCUGUUUCAUACCUGGCUGACCUCAACUCUGCCGAAACUAUUGAUGACUCUGAUAUUCCUAGGUGUUCCACAAGUAUUAAUGUUCCUACAAAACAAAAAAAGCAUGAAACGAUUGGUGGUCGCAUUCGAAAACGAAUGUCUUCUGAGGAUUUUAUAUUUACACGCACUGAGGAUUUUCCGCUGGUUUCGCAAUUGGGAGAGAAAUCGAACAAACGUAAAGCAGCAGUCUACCCUGUGGGUUCGAAUUGCAGUCUUUCGAGAACGAAGCCACCAACAUGUUCUAAUAUUCAUACUAUAAAUAUGACAACAGAAACAUCCACUGUAACCAAAUCUUCAUCAAAUUCACAGUUGCAAAGGAAAACCAACUAUCUGAAUUCUCAAUACUCUUCGAAUCCCCCUAGUGAAAGUCCUAAUAUAAUGCUUCCAAUAAAAUAUAGUGAAGAAAGUAGUGUCUGAAGUCUGUAACAAGUACCAAAGCUAUUGGUAUACUAGUAUUAAGUUUACAUAUGUAUGUAGAGUAUUUAUUGGGUUCACUUGCACGUGUUAUAUCGUUUAGAUGCCAUCAUCUUGUACAAAAGACUUCCAAAGGAAAUUGCCUAUUUUCCAUUUGCAGCGAAGAAUUUGUCCAAUCUCGGUGAAUUCAAGAAUCAUCAACAUUUGUGCAUUGUAAAGAACGAAGUGCAAUAUAAACCAUCUAUACAACUGUGAUCACAAUUAAUAUAAAUUGUUUUAUUGUAAAAUUCGAUGUGUUGUAGUAUUUGAAGUUAGAACCUUCUAUUGAUGAAUAAAAUAUCCUCAAGAAGUGGGUUAAAGACAUUUUGAUAUUGAUAAAAAAUAUGUUUUAGUCUUUGAAUCUUCAUUGUGUUGCAUUGUUUAUAUAUUUAGUCGCAACUAAAUAUACUGCAGGUAUGUAUGUGAAGCAGCUGAGGAGAACUGGAAGUGAUUUACUUGGAGCUUAGUAACUGGUAUGGUACGCAAAGUACACGAAAAUUUAUAAAUGGGUUUGGUUAAUGUUUUCUUGUUCGUCUAAGCGGAAUCACAUAGAAAAAGCUAAAAUUUUAGUGGUAAUAUAAUUUUGAAACAAAAAAGUUGUAACUUUAAUUUUUUAAUCAGAUACAUUUAAUUGGGAAUAAAAGAACUUAAGCUGAACCUGCCGAAAAGCGGUCGGCGUAAAAAAACUUUUUUCAAAUCACUAAAAUGAGAAAAUGGAUUUUGGACGUCUCAUUAUCACCCCCACAAUACCCCGUCAAUAGAGAUCCUAGAAAGUGUUAUAGCUAAGCUCCAAAUUAUAAUAGUUUGUCAAAAAAGUCUUGCGGUAUUUUCUCUAGUUGGCGCUGAAAGCUUGUAGUUCUAGUUUUAUUCGUCGCAUCGGGUCAUGCUAUACCUUUUUGGAAAGAUCAUUUCACGCGCUAACACGUGUUUGAUUGAUUGUCGUUUCUUUUAAGUCGUUCGUGAGUUAUAGCAUCGCAAACAUGGAGCAAAAUGAAGAGAAAAUGCGGCAUAUUUUACAGUACUACUACGAUAAAGGCAAAAAUGCAUCUCAAGCCGCCAAUAAAAUUUGUGCAGUUUAUGGACUCAUUUCCACCGCACAACGAUGGUUUCAACGUUUUCGUUCUGGUGUAGAGGUGGUCGAAGAUGCGCCACGCUCCGGAAGGCCUGUCGUCGAAAAUUGCGAUAAAAUCGCUGAAUUGGUCGAAAGAGACCGGCAUAGUAGCAGCCGUAGCAUCGGUCAAGAGCUGGGCAUGAGUCAUCAAAAAUU